UAUGAUCUCAAAAUUUAACCCUCUCCCAAAGGCAGACACGGCCUAAUAUUUCAUCCCAUGCUAACUGAUGAACGUACCACAUUUAUCAUGUGGAAUAUCUUACACCUUUAAAGACUUGAACAGCAAUAUUAAUCAAGAAAACAUAUUUUGUCUUUGCUUCCCAUAUCUUGAGUCAGCUAAGUCUCUUAGGAUUUGAGGAUUGAUUGCAUUACUGGGAGUUUCACUUCUUAAACUGUCCAGAAAAUUGGCUAGGAUAAUGGGAAGAAUUGCAAGUACUUGCCUACGGUCAUUGCUGAAAUUUGUCAAUUCCAUGAUGGGUUUACUUGGAAUUGCAAUGAUUCUUUAUGGCUUGUGGAUGAUUAGAGUUUGGCAGAGAGAAACUGACGGAUCCCCAUAUGUUGAUUUUAAUUCUACUGGUCCAUGGUUUAUAUACACUUUUCUGGGGAUUGGUGUUAUCUUAGGCGUGAUAACUUGCCUAGGUCAUUUUGCUGCUGAUAGUGUCCAUGGUUGUUGCCUUUCCUGUUAUAUGAUGUUCAUCAUUUUGCUUCUCCUAUUGGAGACUGCAAUGGCAGCAGAUAUACUCCUAAAUUCCAACUGGGAAAAGGAUUUACCUGAGGAUCCAACUGGAAGAUUCCGAGAUUUUGAGGAUUUUGUGAAAUCAAACUUUGAUAUCUUCAAAUGGAUAUCCUUGUUAAUCCUCUUAGCCCAGGGAUUUUCGAUUCUAUUAUCCUUGGUUCUAAGAACUCUUGGGCCAAACCAAAAAUCCUAUUUUAAUUAUGACAGUGAUGAGGAUUAUGCUCCAGAGAGGCUUCCACUUAUAAAUAAUAAAGUUCAACCACCACCAUAUGUUAAUGUCAUAGCUGACCCUCGGUUUUCCUCCAAAAGUGACACCUGGAAUGCAAAGAAGUAAGAAGAGCAGUGUCAAAUUUUCACAAAAUUAUCAUAAGACAGAUGCAACUGCCAUUCUGGACACUGGUGGCCUUAUCUCCUUAGUGAGCAUUUGAGUUUGAUGGUAUAAUUAAGGUGUGGAAUUGAUCAAGGCUAUAAGACUCUGACGUAAGAAAAUAUCAAGAUUUGAUCGCCUGGAGCAUCUACUUGACUAUGUAUAAAGAACACUUGCAUGUUAAGCCAUUGAUUUCACACUCCCAAGUUUGUUUAUUUUCCUUUUGAUACAGUCUGGGAUGUUUAUGUAGAAAAUGUUUUUAAUUUUGUGAAAUAUUAAAAACAACAGGAGGCUUGUUAAAUGAUUAAACAUGCUGAACCCCUUUAAA